CUCUUCCCCUUCACGCCAUCAUUCACUUCUCUCUAUCUCUCUCUCAACAACCUUUGAUCUUUCUGUGCGUGUCUAAUAAACCCUCUGUUUUUAUAUUUCAGAGCUGUCUCUUCUUGUUCCCAAACUCAAAAACAAGGAAUUUCCAAAACGACCACCAUCGCGCAGACCUUCACUUCUUGGAAUCUUUAUGUCCCUCUCAACUCAAAGCUUCAUCUUCCUCAACAUCACACUUAAUUUCUGACCUUCCCAAAGCUUUAAAUCUCGUUUCCAACACUCAUCAAUGGCCGCUAGGAAUGAAAUCAUCACCAACGAAUCCAAGAGUGUGGUUCCAUUGAAUACAUGGAUUCUCAUAUCAAAUUUCAAGGUUGCUUACAGCAUGCUCCGCCGUGCCGACGGCACAAUCAACCGUGACCUGGCGGAGUUUCUCGACCGGAAAGUCGCCGCCAAUGCAAUCCCAGUCGCCGGCGUAUACUCUUUCGACGUGAUCAUCGAUCGAUCAGUCGGCCUUCUCAACCGAAUUUACAGGCCAUCACCGGAAAAUGAAUCUCAAUUUGGCGUCGUAGAACUCUUAAACCCAUUGAGCACCGAUGAAAUCGUCCCCGUAAUCAUCUUCUUCCACGGUGGAAGCUUCACUCACUCCUCCGCCGACACCGCCAUCUACGACACCUUCUGCCGCCGCCUUGUCGGCCUUUGCAAGGCCGUCGUGGUGUCCGUGAAUUACCGGCGAUCGCCUGAACACCGGUACCCAUGUGCAUAUGACGAUGGAUGGACUACUCUAAAGUGGGUUCACUCGAGACCUUGGCUCAAGAGUGGGAAGGACUCAAAAGCCUAUGUUUACUUGGCCGGAGAUAGCUCUGGCGGCAACAUUGCUCACCAUGUGGCGGUCAGAGCGGCAGAGUCAGGAGUUGAGGUAUUAGGUAAUGUACUUCUUCAUCCGAUGUUUGGAGGGCGACAAAGGACUGAAUCAGAGAAGAGAUUGGAUGGAAAAUACUUUGUGACAAUUCAAGACAGGGAUUGGUAUUGGAGAGCUUAUUUGCCCGAAGGGGAGGAUAGGGAUCAUCCGGCAUCGAACCCGUUUGGUCCAAGAGAAAAUAAAAAUCUUAAAGGUUUGAAUUUUCCUAGGAGUUUAGUGGUUGUGGCUGGUUUGGACCUUGUUCAAGACUGGCAAUUACGGUAUGUCGAAGGGUUGAAGAAGGCAAGGCAAGAGGUGGAACUCUUGUUUUUGAAACAGGCCACCAUUGGGUUUUACUUCUUGCCAAACAAUGAUCAUUUCUAUCGUCUUAUGGAGGAGAUACACAACUUCAUCCAUUCUAAUCGUUGAUAUAUAGAUACAGUUCUUCUACUUGCAUAGAAAUCAAUUACAGAACAAGACACAAUUUUCUUCUAUAAGAAUGAGACCCACAAAAAUGUAAGACCCACCUCUCAAGUGAGAAGGUUUUGUUUGAUGCUGUGGUCAGUUUUUGUAUUUUUAAACUUUUUCAUAUAGAUUACUUCACUCAGGUUUUUUUCUUUUUUUUCUACCUCCCUUUCUGUGCCGUUUGACUUGUAGUUAGCGUUUUUUUAGUGAUAUGAGUUCGAGUUACGGAUUCAAGCCACGAAAAUAAUGUAUAUAAAAAUAGAGGUAUGUAAAGAUUUUGUUUGUUGAUUAAUCACUUGGUAAGCUUGUUUCUCAUGAAA